AAAUAUCGAUACCCUUCCUCAACUUCCUUUUCUCGACUUCACAUGUGCUCUCUCUAUCUCUCUCCCCGGUGGGGCUUUGCAAUGAAUGGGAUACAUUGCGAGGGCUCUAUCAGGGCGAGUGAGUUUUUUCUUGUCGGUAGCUUUGGCAUUUUUAUGGUUUUGCAUUUUGUUUUUCUUGUUUGCAUUCGGGGGAUGAUGGAUUUAUAUCUGGUGUGUGGCUUUGGAAGAAAGGAACGAUGUAUGAUGGUGCCACCGGGGUAAUGCACGGCUUGACGAGAUGAGGAAGGCAGCAGGAGGAGCCCAACACCGGGGAAACAUUUCCACUUCUACGCAAUGUACACGUUUCCAUAAUUGUUUAUUUUUUUUUCUCUACUCCUUCGUUGGAAGGCAUCUGUGUCUCUCUUGGAAGCUGCUUGUUCAACAUGCUGUUGUGUCAUGUUCCUGCCACUCCUUUCUGCUCGUUUACGCGAUCGCUCGUUUUCCACCACCACCCAACACGCCCGCACUGGACCACACACACUCCCUCCCUCCCUCUACAUUAUUACCGCAUUCUUACACCACACCAAACCACACAACAUCCCAUCUCACACCACUACCCAUCAAAUUGUCCUCUCUCCUUUCCUUUCCAAGUUUCUCAAUUCGCGUCGGUAAUGAACGGGCAUAUCAGAAAGGGAUCUAUUACAUUAUACCAAAGACAAGCGCCUCGCGGCUAAAAGUCAGUUUUCCUUACUAAUUCUUCUUCUUCUUCAUCUACACUCUUUUGACUUGUAUUGGGGGAAAUUGUUUGCUUGCUAGGG